GGCGUGUGGCUCACAUUGUAAGGCCAAGUUAUCUGCCACUGGAUUGUUAUCCUCUCCACAAAAUUUUGCUGACAUGAAAACAAAUUAAAGGGCACAACACCUCACCUCACCACAUCCAAAACUAAAAUUAAAAAAAAAAAAAUCAUGGCAUCUGCUGUUGUUGCUGGUGCUGCUGCUUCUUCUUGCUCUGUUUCUUACUCAAGAAACCUUAGCAUUACAAAAUCUAAUUCCUCAAUCCCAUCUCUCAAGUCAUCCACCACUCCAUCUCAGAAAACUAGUUUUCAAGGGCUAUCAUUACAAGAGGCAAAAAGGGGUGUUUCGAAUACAUUCUUAGGCGCGGAGAGUAAGAGGAAUGCUACUAGCAAUGGUGGAAGUAGAGGCCUAGAGAUUACUGCAAGAAAAGCUGCAGCUGCAAAGAAUAUCGAAGUUGAAGUUGAUAAGCCAUUGGGACUCACUUUAGGUCCAAAGCAAGGUGGUGGAGUUCUCAUUACGGGUAUAGAUAAUGGCGGUAAUGCUGCAAGGGCAGGGCUUAAGGUUGGUGACCAGGUAGUCUACACAAGUAGCUUCUUCGGUGACGAGCUGUGGCCAGCUGAUAAGCUUGGAUUUACGAAAACUGCCAUACAGGCGAAGCCUGACUCUGUCUACUUCGUCAUUAGCAGAGGUGCUGAUGUAGAUGUUAAAAGAUUGCCCAAACGUCCCGCUCCUCCUCAAUUUGGAAGGAAAUUAACUGAUGCUCAAAAGGCCAGAGCAACACACAUUUGCCUCGACUGUGGUUACAUAUACACCUUGCCUAAGUCUUUCGAUGAACAGCCGGAGGACUAUGCAUGUCCACAAUGCAUAGCACCAAAGAAGAGGUUUGCAAGAUAUGAUGUUAACACUGGUAGAGCAAUUGGAGGAGGAUUGCCACCAAUUGGUGUUAUUAUUGGUCUCAUUGCUGGUAUUGGUGGUGUUGGAGCAUUACUAGUUUAUGGUCUUCAGUAACAUCUUUUUAUCAAAUUCAAAUUUUUCCUCAUGAUUUAUUAUAACUUAAAAAAGUGUUACUUAAAUGCUUGUGCUUAUAUAAUUACACAUUCUUGAAAAUGAAGCUCAAGUGUGCAUGUGCAUUUUUUUUCACAAAGGGAGAGUAGAACCCACGAGUUGAUGAUACGUGUAUUCAAAUAAAUCAAACGUGUAAAGUAAACUUAUUAAUUUUCUAAAAGAUAUAUAAUCAUGUA